GCUUAGUGUCACCGUUGGUUCAGAAGUCACGGGGAAGAUCGGGGAGAGUAACACUAUAUCAUGUACAGUUACUGGACCUGUGAUUAGCCAAAUCACAUGGAGGAUGGGAGGUGCCGAUUUAUCUAUUGAUGGUACCAAAUACGCAGGAUCUACAACUGACUCGCCAUCUCUAAUCAUUAAUAACCUGGUUAUGCAGGACGCUGGUCAGUAUCAGUGUAUUGCGGCUAACCCUGGAGGGACUUAUCCAAGUCAUCGCAGUGCAACACUCACUGUCAUAAAUCGACAGUUUCAAGACUACUGCAACGCGAGUCUCCCUUGCGAUGACAGUAAGGAAUUAGAAUGUUCCCAGUCAACUUGGAGGUGUGUCUGUAAAAGGACAUUUUAUCAUAACAACAAACAAUGCUUUACAAGGGAUAGAUUAAAGGUUACGAUUACAUCACAUUCGUCCAGUACAUCAACAUUUUUUGUGUCCUGGAUUCCUCCCUCCUAUGAUGUGAACCUUGUGAGUGGAUAUAUUGUGAUAUGGAGAAUCCAUGACCAGGCAGAGUCAACACAGCAGUCACAAACAGUGGACAAGUCAGUGACCAGCCACACUGUUAGUACUGGACUGAUACCGGGACAGCUAUACAUUGUGACUGUCACAUCGUCUGUGACACUCAGUAAUCCAGCCUCUAAUAUACAACUGCACAGUGACCUGGCAUUCAUUAGGAUAGUUCCUCUUCCUCCUGGGUCUAUUUUGGAUAGCAGUGAUUUUUCACCUGAUGAUUUGAUGUUGAACUGGACUCCGCCAAUAAAUAGUACAGAAGUCACCAAAUAUGACGUGACAAUUAAUGGGACAACACUUAGCACCUUGGACAGUACUACUAAGAUUCAAUUUACAAAACAGCUGAUUCCGGCUACACAUUACAGAGUCGGUAUUGUGACAGUUAGUGGUCAGGAUAUACAUAACAACGAGGAAAAAAGGAGUGUAGCGUAUACAGAGGAGAUCUGGACCAUCCCAAGAAUGAUAAUAUAUGAAGAGGAAUCAACGUCAUCCAUCGUGUACAGUAUUCCUGGAAUACUUUUGAUAAUAAUAGUUUUUACGAUUGCCAUCUGUAUAUGGUGGAUAAAUUGGAGGAAACCGAAAGAAGAUUCCGAAAGAUAUACGGAUUUGACACUGCAUGACGGAAGAAGCAGUGACCAUACAUAUUCGACCUUGGAUCAACGUACUCGGACACAAAGAGAAAAACCGAUCCCUAUACUCUCAUUCGGGGACCAUGUUCCGGAGCUGAUGAAAGAUAGUAGACUAAAGAUUUGCAACGAAUUUUCCGAAUUACUUCGGUCAAAGGAAACAGCAAUAACAACAGAAGCAAUUUCGAAGAUCAAUACAAACAAAAAUAGAGGGCGUGUAGUACCUUAUGAUUUUAAUCGCGUACAGCUCCAAGAGAAGAGGGAUGGGUCCGACUAUAUCAAUGCCAGUUUUGUUUUGAAUCAAAGCUAUAUAAUGGCACAGUGCCCCCUUCCGAAGACAGCUGGACAUUUUUGGCACAUGGUUUGGGAACAGAACUGUCCCUCGAUAAUAGCACUUACUGGUGAUGAUGAAAAAUAUAAGGAGAAAUGGUAUUUUCCUACAACCGAUGGAGCAGUCCACACUGUUGGUGGAAUCGAUGUGGAACUCGUAGCAACUUUCACCGUCCUAGAAAAAGUGGUAUUACGUAAAAUCAAGUUAUCUAAGGGGAAGCAGCUAAAGAAUGUAAAUCACUUUCAUGCAUACGGUCUGCAAAUGGUCAACAUGUCAGAGGAACUCCUUAAUCGCAUAAAUCUUGUAGCAUCAAACAACUCCAAACUACAAAGUAAUGGGCCAUAUGUUGUACACAGUGGAUGUGUCGGUAUAGACUACAGCGGAAUAUUUGUUCUGGUGGAUUACCUUGUUAAGUUAAUUGAGUCUGGUGUCAAUAGCAUUGACGUUUACGGGUCCACCUUCACCAUCAUGAGCGAAAGAAUGGAUGCCGUAACCACAGAGGAACAAUACGCUGUCAUUUACACGUGCCUCAAAAGCUAUCUCAAUAACCAUGCACGUUCUGGAAAGCAUCAUGCUACCUUCGAAAGGAGAGAUGCAGAAAGUGCAUACGAAUAUUUACCUUGAAAUAAACCUAACCAGGAGAUCCUUCUUCCAUAUCAAGAAGAUCCACUAAACAGAAUGACAUACACUUUUACCUUUUUGCUUUUUUCUCCAUCGUAUAUAUUCCAUUGAUUCUCUGAAGAGAUCUGUUGAUCACCUUUGCCAGAUACAAUGAUACAUAAUAUAAUCAAAGUUUGUAGUUAAGACGCCAAUAAAGUGAUCCCCGGAGUGAGAUAGAACGACACUAACACCUGAUCAAUUGGUUAAAUCAAAUGUAAUGGACUAAUCAACAAUAAUCAGCAAUAACGGUGACA